AUGAAGGACCUUCACGCGCGACUCGGGGGUAAAGUCAAUGUUUACACCUUGGAUCAUCGGGGCACUGGACGCAGCACCCUCUUCGACUGUGUGGCCGCACAGGCUAUGACGAGUGGGUCGCCCCGGGGUCGCGACAUCAGAGGGACCGAAGUUCCUUCCUGCGCGAAGGACUUGCACUCGAAGUACGGAGACCUGUCCUCGUUCUCGAUUACCAGCGCUGCGUCGGAUAUUGCCUCGUUCAUUUCCGACUAUUCGAACGGAGCGAGCACUUUCGUGUACGCCGAGAGCUACGGUACAGCCUUGGUCGAGCGCCUCAUGCACCUCAACCCAGCCACCGUGGGCGAGUACUUCAUGGGGCUGUGCGGUUUGGACGGCGACUGUAAGACGCAUUUCCAGUCGGCGAACCUGUCGUCUGCGCUCCGCGGUCUAAUGACAAAGAUCGACAACGACCGCAACUCAACUUGCGCUUCGCUGGUUGCUAAUGGGGUCACGACCGUUCCCCCAUCAUACAUGCUCCGAAAUGCGCUGGCUAAUCUGCUGAAAGAGGCGAACAUUCGCACGCUCAUCCCGCCAGUUGUGUACAGACUGAACCGCUGCAGCACGGACGACGUGGACGUCCUGACCCAGUUCUUCGCCUACCUCCACUCGUACACGUCUUACUCGAAUGUGGACGAUCCGUACUUCUCGAGCCUUGUGUCCUACCUCAUCGUGUUCUCGGAGAUUAUCGCCCCUGGAGACACCUACGGCCAAACGUCGUUGUACUGCGCGUUCUCGAAGGAAAAAUCAGCAGCGUGCGAUGCGUUCAAACUCGGCAACUACAAUGGCAACGGGAUCUUCUACCAGCGUGACGGAUACUGGAACAAGUCUGCGACUCUCCCAGCCGACGUUAGUGUGCUGCUGCUCAACGGCAAGUUGGACCCGCAGACGCCGCACAAGUACGCGCAAUACAUGCUCGAAGCGCUUCGCACCAGCAAGAAAGAACUCGUCACUUUCGACUACGCUGAGCACGACAUCGUGGCUACGCCUCGACUGGGCGACAGCAACGACCCCGACGUGACGUGCGGCAUGAAGCUGUUGGUGUCGUACAUCAGCAACAACGGCGACCUGCAGCGCCUGGACAAAUCGUGCGUCGGCCAAAUGCCAGCGUUCAACCUCACGGUGCCAACCAAUGAGUUGCACAACUUUUUCAGCACGGACGAAGCGUACGACGGCGCCUUCCAAUCGGGCCUCAGCUCUACCUAG